AUGUCCAACCACGACAACCACACGGCCUCCACCACUAGUACCAUGACAACAUCCAAUGAAGAGCAGGUAUCCAUCAUUGAAGAAGAAUGGGAAUUCAAAGCUCCCAAAUAUUUUGACUUUGAUAAACUCCUCGUUUCAAACUCAACCCAGCAACCACAUGCAGAGGAUGCCCACAACAAGAGCCAAACCGAUCAAUGGUUUUUCACCGAAGAUGCCCAACAUUUGGAAUUUCUCGAUCCGAAAUAUAUUGAUUUGAAUGGUAAUAACUCACAACAACAAAACAUUUGGGUACCCAAUCAAGAGUCCUCCUCUUCCUCCUCACAUUUACACAAUCAUGAUGAUAUUACCUUGAGUAAUAUUAGUACCAUUUCAAAAUUUAGUGUUCAUCAUGAUGAUGGAGCCUCUCUCUAUUCAUCGGCCAGUAAUAUUCCAUCCAUCAUGUCUGCGUUCAAUAAUAAUAAUAACAACAACAACAACAACAAUAGAAAUAAUUAUUGUUCAUCCACCAUUUUGCAAAAUUCUCAUCAUCCACUGCACCACAAUAAGCCUCGUAGUAGUCGUCGUGCAGCUCCCAAACUGACCAUUCCAGUCACUCCAAAAUUCAUGACCGAUCAGAGAAUGAAGCAGAGAAGCGUUUUGAAUGCUUCACACAACAAUAUGAAGAACAACAAUCCGACGAGUAAGGCUCCUUUCCUAAUGACCACCUCUCAUAUGACCACUAGCAGCAGCAGCACUAGCACUCAAAGUAUCUUGUCCUCAACAAGUACCACCUGCAAUACUCUCAAAACACUCAAAAGUAGUGUGGACAAUAAGGAACGUUUGACCAAAUUCAAGACAGUCACUCGACCUAAAUUAAUCUCUCCAAAGCCUUUCAAAUUUGCUACGGAGAGCCGAGCUGAAGCAAAUGGCACUAAGAAUACGAGCAGCAUCCAAUUACCUCCUGGACAUUCUCCCUUCAAUAAGAGCAUGCUUCAGAAAAUUAAUGAGAUGAGAAACAAGAUUCCAUCCAGAUGGAAAUGCAAUAGUAGCCUCCAACCAAGUACUCCCUUGUCGAGUAAACCACUCAAGAUUACAAAACCAAGUUCCUUCAAGCUGCGAACCAAAUUCAGAAGUAGAACUCGAGCAGUGCCACAAGUUGUGGAAAAUGUUGUACGUGUGGAAUUUAAAGCAAGACCUCUCAAUAGAAAGAUCUUUGAGAGUUCUGGGCAAAUUGGUCUUGGUCGAGUUGUUAAGCGAGAAAUUACUCAUCCUGAAGAAUUUAAUCUUCUCACUGAUGAGCGAAUUAAGAAGAGAAAGUUGGAUCAAAGCAAGAUUGUGGACGAGAGUAUGAGCAGCAACAUUUCACACACUCGUCCUAUCAAGACUCGAAAACUUGACAACACAACAUCCACUUCUACAUUGCAACAAAGCAUUUUACAAACCUCGAAAAGUGUCAAACCUCCAACCAUUCCAGAGUCGCCCAAUUUGAGAACAAAACAACGAGCUCAUGCCAGAGCAGCUCCUCAACCUGCCACUCCAAAUUCUCCUCACAUUACUUUUCGCGCUAGGCCUUUACCAGUCACAACUCUUCAGAAUCCCUUUGUACCAACAUUGACAGAGCAUAUCACCACUGUGCCUGAGCCCUUUCAUCUCAAAACUGAACAACGAGGAGCAUUGCAUCGAAAACAGUUUGAAUCAAGAAUUAUUGAAGAGGAGGAAAAGGAAAAUGAGAGUCGUCACUUUAAGGCAAGACCUAUUUUAAAGGCAGCAUCUUUGUGUAGCGAUGCUCUCAGCACUAGAUCGAAUGUCAUCAAACCACUUCCCAUUACCGUUCCUGUUUCUCCAAAACUUCUCACCAAAAACAGAGUUCGAUCUGAAGACUCGAUUUUGAAAAGUGUUAUUAUUGGACCCUCUCUCCCAAACACUUCAACAUUUCGAGCACGACCAAUGCCAAAUUUUAAUCUCACCUCAAAUUCAUCAAACCACCACCUCUCCAAAGUGUCAAAGAAUAUGGAUCUGACGACCACCACCCAUACUACUACUCAUGUGGAGCCCUUUCAUUUGAGAACAGAGGAGAGAGGACAGGCCUAUCAAACCAAAUUCAAGACACAUAUGGAGGAGUUGCUCUCCAAACAAACAUCUGAAACUCUCGACCAUUCAAGCAGCUCUUUCAACAACACCAAGAAGAAGGGUUCUACAGCUUUCAAUCUUCGAUUAUAA